AUGGCGGGGCGGGCGGGCGGCACGGCGGCGGACGAGCUGGCCAACGCCGCGGCCCGCGGCGACCUGCAGCGCCUGAGGGAGCUGCUGGACGGCGCGGCGGACCCCAACGCCGUCAAUUCUUACGGCCGGACCCCCAUCCAGGUGAUGAUGCUGGGCAGCCCGCGGGUGGCCGAGCUGCUGCUGCAGCGCGGAGCCGACCCCAACCGCCCCGACCCGCGCACCGGCUGCUUCCCGGCCCACGACGCGGCCCGCGCCGGCUUCCUGGAGACGCUGGCGGCCCUGCACCGCGCCGGGGCCCGCCUCGACCUGCCUGACGGCCGCGGCCUCCUGCCCCUCGACGUGGCGGCGGGGGGUCCGCACGGAGCGGUGGCCCGCUACCUGCGCCACCCGCCGCCCCGUGGCUAGCCUCCCGUGGGGUCACCCCUCUCCCUUAAUUUAUUGCCCGCGUCCGCCUGGCGAGACACGAAGUCCAGCAGCCCACCGAGGCGCCGUCAGUAAUUUCCGGGUCUCCUCUCCAUGCUCGGAUGCACGAAGGACCGGCGGGACAUGUGUGGUUUUGUACACUAUAUUUUGCACAUGUGUGUUUAUCCUGCACUUGAAACCCCACGCCCGGCCGCGUCCCGUCUCGUGUCUCCUCCAACAUUUUUUGUUGUUGUUGUUCUCACGAGAGAGUUCAAACACUGUGAAGAGAAAUAAAUAUGAAGGAUAAACCCCCGCACAGAGAUGGCACAAUAAACCCCCUGCGUUUCGACAGGACGGCAUCUGGGCUUUCUUUUUACCCUCCUCCCCGGGGGUCCCCCUUCCCCCGUCGGAAGGGAGGCUGCGGGCUCUCCCGGCACCGAGUCGGUUGCUCCCCGUUUUAACUUCAGACUCAAGACAAAUGGGACUCGAGGGGCUCUGAAGCCGAUCUCUGCCUCUCGCUAGUGACACCGGCCGGGACAGCGGGGAACUGGGGCUUCCUGCUGCUCUUGCGGCUUUGGCAAAUACCUUCACACAGUCCGCGCAGGGUGCUGUGCAUGUCUGUGCAUGGGCCGGCUGCGCAUCCGCGGCUCGUCUGAGGAAGGCUGUAAACACGGGACCUGGGAGGAGAAAAUAAAAAAGAGGGGUUUGUGUCUCUGCAAGCCCGAUGCCGCCCUCGCUCGAAGUGAUCGGUGCUUUACCAGCUUGCAGGUGACCUUCCCUGCGUUACUGUGAGUUCAACAGGCUUUUGAAGAAAUCACGAUGGCUGCAAAAUGAAGGCGGCGUGGAACUUUUUUUUAAAAAAAACAAACAAACAAACAAAAAAAAAACAACUAAAAACGGUACGUCUGCCCUCGGCCGCAGGCUUUCCCAAGCUGCUGGGAGGUGGCACGUUUGGUAAAGAAACCAACAAGUCGUUGUGACAACGAGUAGUUCUAACGGCUGCGCUGCUGGAGGAAGAAGGGGGAAGAAGGGUAGAUUAAUUACCUGGGAGCCCAUCCGUCUUUCACUGACCGCUCCGGGGCGGGCAAGCCGGGAGACCCUGCCUCCUUCCCGUACCCCCACUCCGGGCUGCACCUCUCGGGGGCACGCAGAGGAGCAGAAGAAGAAGAAGAAGAAGAAGGAGCAAGGCGCGGCAGAGGGAGAGUCGCCUGGUCGCCUUCUCCAGAGCCAGUCUUGGGCGCAUCACAGAGCUGCCCGUGGAGAAUCACCGGCGAAAAAAAGGUUUCUCUUCGUUUUGCAUUCCCGCCGAGUGCCCGACUGCCAGAUAUUUCAUACAUAAGCAUUAAAAAUAAUAUAUACACUUUUAUACAACCUAUCGGAUUAUGUUAUUUAUUACAACACGCUUUCAUACAAUGUGUGCUUUAUAAUUAUUUUGUGUAAGUUGGCACGCUGUGAAUAUGUAGUCACGCCACUCAUGUAUGUAAUACAUCUAUAUAAAAAUAUGCGUAAUAUGCGUACAUAUAAAACCAUUCUCAUUAUAUAUUAAGCCUACAUAUUUACUUAUCAAUUAUUUUAUAUGUAAUAUACUUAGUUUAUAUGCACAUAAUGUUAUAAUUAAAUAUGUACA